AUGGUGCUGACUGUCAAUGAUAAGGGUAGAAAGGAUUACAUUAUAAAAGUAUUCAUAAAAGAAAUGCUACAGAUGGGAAAUCAGGAAACAAUAAUGAAGACCACAAAUGGCAUACUGCAUAAAUAUCAAACUUUGUGCACCUGGAUGCAUUCAUUGGAUAGAAAUAUUUCCCUUUGUGCAAGUAUGCACAUGCCAAAUAAAAUACCUAAAAUAUAUUUAUUCCAUCAAACAAAUGGUGCUAAACCUUCUUGGGUUCAACAAGGCAUAAUUAUACAGGACCUCAAAGAUCUUAAGAUCAGAACAGUCAAGAGCACAUCCAGACGACCUGAACAUAAACAAGACGCACAAUCGUUUUACACAAUUACUGCGAAUGCUUAUACAAAUAAACCAAGAGUGGUGAAAAUACAAAGAGAACUUUAUCAGAAGGCUGUACAACUUUUGAACUUGAAAAGUAUUUCUAAUCCACAAUCAAAAUGUGUUUUAGACCUUGGAUGUGGUAUUGGAAUUUGCAGCCACUAUUUCUGCCACUUGUCUAAUCAUUGCAAUUGUGCUGUAAUAGGAGUUGAUAUAAGUCAAGAAAUGCUCAACCAAACCAAACAAUCUGUCAAUAAUGGAUAUAUCAGCCUUCUCCUCAAUGACAUAGGUCAGGGGUUACCAUUCAAAGCAAAGUCAGUAGACGCAGCUAUCAGUAUAUCAACUUUACAAUGGAUAAUGAGCUCUGGAUAUACAAUGAAACUGAACAUGUUUUUUAAAAGCCUUGGCCAAUGUUUAACACAGGGUGGAAGGGCAGUGAUACAGUUUUAUCCAAAUAACUCCCAUGAAGUUGAAGAAUUGAUUAAAACUGUCUCCAAGUAUUUUAAUGGAGUUCUUCUUGCAGACUUUCCCCACAAUGACGAUGCUGUGAAGUUGUUCUUGUGUUUAGAAAAUCCGGGUUGAGUGUCAAAAAUGACUUUGCACAACAGCCCCAGCUUUUGGCUUUGGCCUAAUCUUUGAAUAGAAUCAAGCGAUUUGUCCGCAAACUGUAGAUUUUCUUAAACAUAUGAUACUGACACGUGUUUAUAAUAAAAAUGUGAAAAUGUGCCUACAAAUUGAAAUCGUACCUUCUGCUUUCCAAGACAUUUUCUUUCUGAAACAGAUCUGGUUCAGUUACUGGUUUGAAGAGUGAACAAGUGAAUUUUAAAAUGGUUUUGAUGCGGAGAAGGCAAUUUUAUUCACACCCGGUGAUCGUGUUUAGACGAUUGUUGCCUGAUUUAUAGCAAAAACAUGUGACUUUCGCACGUUGGUGACGAUAUGCGUUAAGCCCAAGACACUGCUACUACCCUAUACACUGAUACUCUCUUGAAAGCCCAUGCUUCAACUUGUGAAAUAAGGAAAAAAGAAAAAUCGUACCUUCGAGCAUGGGCUUUCAACUAAUUGAAAGCCCAUGCUUCGAGAUUCCGACAUUUUGUUACCGGAACGCCGGUAACUAGUUUGAAGAGUGCAGUACUAGAGAAGAUGAGCGUGAAAUUAUUAUUAUUUUCAUCCUCAGUUUUGUUGAAUUGUAAGACUGACAAUUAUAAAUAAAUGAAUAAAUAAACUUUAUACUAAU